AAGAGUGAAGAGGACGAAGAACGUGACUGUCGCACUCGUUCUCGUUCCAUUUUAGCGUUGGACGUGCUGAAGGUUUCGUAGGGGCCACGAGGACACCUGGGUUAUUCUAGUCGGAACAUGACUGCCGAUUUGGAAUCCCAGGUGGAAAUACAGGGCUGUACUUCAUGGAACUUCCAGCGGUACAAGAGGGGAACUCUGACUGCCCACUACAACACCGUGUACGGAUCAGUGACAAGAAUCUUUGCCCUUCCCUGCAUCCCGUGGCUCCCGAAGGGUCAACGGACAUUCAGGAACGUCUGCGACUUGCUUUGCGGGACAACCGUGCUAGUGAUUCUCAAGUUUUCCUUGGUGUACCAAGUGUUACAGUUGGUCGUGCCAGGCAUUAACCGUUGCUUAUUUGUCAGCAUCCCGACUGUCGGCAAUUACAAGUUCCAAUCCCUGCCCGGCACGUUGAUCGGCGUCAUUGCGGCUGACUUAUUUUGGUCCAACAAAGCGGUCCUGUGCCAACUUCUCGAGAGCAGCCAGCCGCCGCGGGCAAGAAAUUCGUGCUUUGGAUGGCGCAUGAUAGUGGCACUUGAAGUUUGCCUCCCUGUGCUAUCCAUGUACACGGCACGAGUGAUAUUCUACUGGGCGUCUCGUGCCACAUCUAUGUACUUUUCUCUCCGCGCAGUGGAAAGCGUCCUUUGUCUUGUACACAUGUUCCUCGUACUGUCCAUCUUCGAACUCUUGUGCCGGGCUGUGUCACACAAGCUUGAACAAACUGCGGAGAAAAUUGAUGUAGCUAAGGCGGUCAUCACGCGCGAAGAGCUCGUGAAGCUCACGGAGCAAUGGGACCACUAUACAUUCUUGAUGCAAGACCUCUGCGGUACAUUCGAAGUUUUCCUCUGGGUGUGUGGAGCAUGGAUGCUUCACUGCUUCUUAGCGUUCAUGACCAUCACUCCGAAUUGGAUGGGUAACUUUGCGUACCAGGCGCCUUUCGAACAAUUAGUCUUCGUUAUAAGAACUACAUUCACGGUACUGCAGAUCUUCUUCGUGAUGAUGGCGAUGGUGCAGCCAAGACGGUCUCUACAAGACGUGACCAUACUGCAAUCGAGCGAACACGUAACGUUGCACAUCGGCGUUCAGAGGUUCCUCUGGAAGAUAGAGCAUUGUCAGGCAACGACUUUCUUCAAAAACAUGCGUCUGUCCUUCAUCUGUAGUGCCUAUGUACUGACAGUAACCUUUCUGAUAAGGCUGAGUCUGCACAAGAAGGUAUCGUGAAUAUAGGAAAAAAGUCGAUGCAGCUUUGUUCCUCGAACGCCGUUGAAGUGCAGCCAAAUUGAAUUAAAUACUACGACGGAGAAAUAAACAAUUGAGAAAAUCUAAUUGAUGUUUAGUCCUUGCGGAUGACUGAAGUGCAUCAGCAACUCUUUAGCGUCCUCGAUCAAGCUUCAGUUGUGUCCGAGCGUAAAAUUUCGGUCCCCUAAAACAGUUCGUAGAAUUUUAUAACCGCCCUUCAGCAUUCAGAAAAGCAGCACUGUCAGUUGGUCAACACCGUCAUACAAGAGAGUUCAUUAAAGGCCUUGACAUAGGCGUCACAACGUUAACA